CGUGUUUCCUCGCGAUAUCGCGCGAGACUGUACAGUUUUUCAAAGAUGGCGGUGAUGGCGUUGCUCACGAGGUGUUCUUGUGUGUUGUCGGCGUUUUUCGCCGUCCUCGCCGUCCAGGCACAGACCAUGAACCCCGGAGACUACAUGAAGAGGGAACACUCACUCAUGAAGCCAUACACAGGUACCGGCAGUAUGAGCAUCCCCCUGUGGGACUUUGGCGGCAGCACCAUGGUUACAGACAAGUACGUGCGGUUAACUCCCGACCACCAGAGCCGACGGGGCUCACUCUGGAACCAAGUGCCAUGUUUUGUACGGGAUUGGGAGAUGCACGUCCACUUCAAGGUGCACGGCCUCGGGAGCAGUCUGUUCGGGGACGGGUUCGCUGUGUGGUACGUCAAAGACAGGAUGCAGCUAGGUCCUGUGUUUGGGAACAAAGACAACUUUGUGGGUCUGGCCAUCUUCUUUGACACUUACAGUAACCACAAUGGGCCACACAAUCAUCAACACCCGUACGUCUCCGCCAUGGUGAACAACGGUUCCCUGACGUACGACCACGACCGAGACGGUACGCACACCCAGCUGGCGGGAUGUCACGCCCAGUUCCGUAACAAGGAUCACGAAACGCACGCCGCCAUCAGAUACAUGUCCUCACAACAGAGGCUAACGGUUAUGGUUGAUGUUGAUGACAAGAACGAGUGGAAGGAGUGUUUUGACGUGACAGGAAUCCGCCUGCCACAGGGGUACUACUUUGGUGCUUCAGCUGCAACUGGCGACCUGGCAGACAACCAUGACAUCAUCUCCCUGAAGAUGUACGAGCUGGACACGCCCAAACAGGACGACCUGCCCAACUGGAAGGAGCCGGGGGCGGACUUCUUUGCACCUCCUAGAGAUCACCUUGAUGACCCAAGAGGCUUUAAAAAUAUUUCGCUCUCCGGUUGGAAAAUGGCGGCCAUCGUGUUCUGCGGGCUGCUGGGAGUGGUAGUCUGCAUCGUGGUCGGAGUCGUAGUUUUCCAAAAACGACAAGAAAGAAACAUGAAGAGAUUUUACUAAGUACAAGAGUUUAGAAAUACAAGAUGGAGGUGUGCAAUGGUGGAUUGCAUUAAAUAUGUGUUGGGUAUAUUAGCGUUCUCCUACACAGAUUUGAAUCUGCAUCCUAAAACUCUGCUUAGUCUGUACUCUGCUUGACUACCCUACCCUUUUUACUACUGCGGGCGUCGCCACUUACCAGCGAUCGGCGAAUCAUUUUGUGUUGUCCAAAGGGAAAUCUUGUGCCAAAUAAGGCAUGCUCAUUAAUAUUCAUGACCAAGAUGGCCUUUUUUUAACAUACCGCAGCAUUCCACCUAUGUUGCUCGACAGCCUUUUCUGCCUCAGAACUUGUUUAUCAGGUACCAAGUUUGAGAUCCUAAGGUGUAGAGAGUGAUUUUGUCAUCACUGAAUACUACCCGAAAACACUUUGAAACCAUCACCUUCUUGCUGAAAGAAGAAACAUUUUGUCAGCCUGCAUGCUGGCCAUAUUGGAUGUUUAAAAUCUAAGUGCUGUGCACUGAUUGGCUUGGGCCAAAUAAAGCAAGCUCAUUAAUAUUUAUGAGUAAGAUGGGUCUAUAGUGGUACCCAUAGGUUGAUCAAGCAGAGGUGAAUACAGAGGAGUUUCUAUGAUGCAGGUUCAGCUCUGCAGUAGGAGAAUGAGAUACAGGGGCCAUGUCAAAUUUCAAAGUUACCCUAUAAACGUAAAGCUUUUUAUAGUCCAUCAGCAAACUCGAAUUCUCCAGCUUUUGUAGUGUCUGGCCGAGAACAAUGAUUUAUGAAUGGGGGUCUGCAUGAAUUUUUCUGCAAGCUAUUUUAAGUCUCUGUCAAUCGUAGCUGGUGCGCUCUAAUUCAACGUUAAACCUUUGAGCAUUGUCAGUGAAUUGUUUGUGAAGCGUAGUUUAUUUCUUUCACUUCUAUGCGGCACGUUAUUUAUAAGCAUUACAAACAAAAAUUAUUUGUAUUGUGAAGUUGAAUGCCAGAUUUCCUAAUGGCCAGAACCAUUUCCUAUUGGUGUUCAUUUUCUAGUUCUGCUACACACCCCAACAAAUACAAUGAAACAAUCCAAUAAAUUCAUUUCCCAGCACCUUUCCUCCAUAACUGUCAUGGGUACUCAAAAUUUACCAUUAAGCAGUGCCAGAAUUGCCCCAUGCAGACCCUCAUGAGUAUUUGAUGAAGUGAUAAAUACAAGUAUGAAAAAAAAACUAUUACAAGUAAGGUACAUGCUCAGUCUGUCAGUUAUGUUUGCCCAUUCUGUUACUUUUCCUGAUGCUACC